AUGAGAGUGAAGGUUGAUAGUCGGCAGGUACACCAUUUGCGCUUUGCUGACGACAUUGUACUGAUAACACCUAACAUCAGCCAAGCGGAACGAAUGCUGACCGAAAUCGAUGAAACAUGUGGAUGCAUCGGUCUUCAGCUGAAUCUGCAAAAGACGAUGUUCAUGCGUAACGGAUGGAUCUCGAAUGCCCCAUUCACGCUCAACGGAACGAACAUAUCCGAAUGCACCAGCUACGUCUAUCUGGGUUGGGAAUUAAACAUGAUGAACGACCUGACCCCCUUGCUGGGCAGGAGGAGACGAGCUGCUUGGUGA